AUGACGAUAAAAGCGCUUCACGCAAACCACCGUCAUUCAACGUUAGAGAGAAAAGUUCGCGCCUGCGCGCGCCGCCACGUGGGCGGGCGGGCCGGCGUGCCGAUGGUGGGGCCGGAGGAUGCUCCGCCGGCGGAGCCCUGCUGCUGCGGCUUUCGCCGCCGCCUGGCGGAGGAGGGCCCCGCGGCUGGACGGGGCGAGGAGGAGCGGGAGCAGGAGGGGGAGCCCGGGUCCCGGCCCGCCGGGGCCGCGAGCCCCAAUCCCCGCGACCCGUCCCGAGGGAGCGCGGCCCAGGCCCCGCCCACCCCGGGCACCGGCCCGGCGGCCGCCUUCGGCAGAAAGUUUUUCUCCAAAAGGACAAAGGACUUCAAACCUGCUAUUCACAGUGCUCCUGGAUGGAAGUUGUUUGGUAAAAUUCCACCUAGAGAGAAUCUCCAGAAAGAUUCCAAAAUUAUUCAGAUGGAGUACGAAGCACGAACAGGAAGGACAUUCAAACCUCCACUUCAGUACACAAGGCGUAAACAUUUUGAAUAUGAGCCACUUUCAACCACAGCCCUUAUACUUGAGGAUCGCCCAGCAAAUCUUCCUGCUAAAUCAGUAGAGGAAACUUUACGUCACCGGCAAGAGUAUGAGGAGAUGGUGGCAGAGGCUAAAAGGCGAGAAAUUAAAGAUGCACAUGAAAGGAAGAAGAAAAUGAAAGAACAGUUCAAGCUGGAGGAGAAUAUUGCCAGUGCUGUGGUGAUCUGGCUCAAUGAGAUUCUGCCCAACUGGGAAGGCAUGCGUAGUACACGAAGAGUUCGAGAAUUGUGGUGGCAGGGAUUGCCCCCUAGUGUUCGUGGGAAAGUUUGGAGUCUUGCGGUGGGAAAUGAACUAAAUAUCACUCCUGAACUUUAUGAAAUCUUCCUAUCAAGAGCCAAGGAAAGAUGGCGAAACUUCAGUGAAGCAAGUUCAGAAAAUUGUGUGGAAGGCAGACUCUCAAGUUGCAUCCCUUACUGCCUGCUUCCAGAUCUCCAUACCAUGAGCUGUUUCUUUGGAACGAGAGAGUACCCUCGAUGUUACACUAAGUAUCCUCAGAUAGCUACUUUAUGUCCAGAUGGAGGUGUGUCCACUGCUGACCGAGAAGCUAGUCUGGAACUAAUUAAGUUGGAUAUAUCCCGCACAUUUCCUUCUCUCUACAUUUUUCAGAAGGGUGGUCCAUAUCAUGAACUCUUGCAUAGUAUUUUGGGAGCAUAUACCUGUUACAGGCCUGAUGUUGGCUAUGUCCAGGGGAUGUCCUUUGUUGCUGCAGUCCUAGUUCUCAAUUUGGAAGAGGCAGAUGCUUUUGUGGUCUUCGCAAACCUCCUUAAUAAGCCAUGCCAGUUGGCCUUCUUCCGGGUUGAUCACAGCAUGAUGUUGAAGUAUUUUGAAACAUUUGAAGUAUUCUUUGAAGAAAAUCUUCCCAAACUAUUUCUUCACUUCAAGGCAUACAGCCUUACUCCAGACUUAUACUUGAUAGAUUGGAUCUUUACACUGUAUAGCAAGUCACUACCACUUGACUUGGCCUGUCGAGUGUGGGAUGUCUUUUGCAGAGAUGGAGAGGAAUUUUUGUUUAGGACAGGAUUAGGAAUCCUUGGACUAUAUGAAGAUAUCCUCCUGCAGAUGGACUUUAUUCAUAUAGCACAGUUUCUAACAAAACUGCCAGAGAAUAUCACAUCAGAAAAACUUUUCAACUGUAUCGCAGCUAUUCAGAUGCAGUUUAGCAACAAAAAAUGGACUCAGGUAUUUGCAACUCUAAUUAAGGAUAAUAAAGACGGGGAGAGGAACCUUAGCCCAGCACUGAAAAGUUAGUCUCUGCAGUUAAGAGUUUCGUUGAAACAAAGAAAACUACUUGAGGAAACUACUCCAGUAUCUUUCUGUGUAAAAUGCACUUUUGAGAAAUGUUAGCGAAAUCCAAAAGAAUUAAGAAAGGUGAUCUUGAUUUGACUUUGACACUAAUGGGAAAGAUAAAUGAAAUAGGUUUCCUGUUUGUAGUAUUAUUAAAAGACAUUUUGUGAGAAAAGCAAUCCAUACACACUUUUGAAAAUGAUUUGUAAAUGUUGAAUAUUUUCAGAGUUGAUCGACUCAGUGCAAUAACAUUUUUAAUAACUUUUUAGUACUUAAAAUUUUUGAGGCAAAAUGUUUUUUCUUAAUUACCUCAGAGGCACUUUUUUAUGUUGCAGGAAAGUUGUUAAUUAAAACCCCAAAUACAGCUAUCUGUAACAAGUCCUUUGGUUAUAAAUAUACCUUCAAAUCUAUUCAGAUACAUUUGGACCAAAUACAUUUCUCUGCUAUACAUGUCCCUGUGAAUAUGAAACUUUGAAGGGUUUUUUUAAUUAAUUGAGCCAAUUAAUGGAAAGUUUGUGAAAUUAAGGUACCAGGAGUUUGGCUGCAAGAAGGAUUUAAAGUAUGGGUUCAAACUUUUUCUUCAGAAUUGCAUAUGUUGAUCCAAAGAGAAAAAUCUUUAGAUCAUUUCCUAAAGAAAUCUUUCCAUAUCUAAGUUGUUCAUUUGUAUGCUAAUAUAACACUGGAAAAACUAAGAAAAUAAUGGAAAAGCUUUACUUCGCACUUCAGGGGAUAAAAAUCAUUCUGUUUUUGGUCAAACCAUAAAUUUUAAAGAGGCUUUUUUCUCUACACCUAUUUCUUCUGUAAGACUAAGCUGGCAAAAUACUAUGUUAAGGAAAACUUACUUCGAUGAUAUACAUAUGCACACAAGGAGUUUCUUCAGUUGAGACACACUCCAGGUAGUGUUUUGCAUUGACAGAAGAAUGUUUCCAAAUUCCUGACUAACUUUCCAGCAAAAUCAAAUAUUGAAAAACACAUUAUGGUGGAAAUGAGUGUUUUUUUUAAAUGCAGGCAAUGCAGUAUUUCAGAACCCUUUCUAGAGAUGGAGUACUGGCAACUUAUGCUUGACAAUACUUGAAUUCUUCCUGAAAACAUCAUUUCACUAUCGUUGGCAAAAUAAACUUUAUAAACCACGUUUGGGAUUUGAAACCCAAAUUUGUAAAUAAUAGGUUUUUUUCAAACAUUCUACUCUAAAAAAGUAUUAAUAAAUGAACUUACAAAGAAAUAAAAUUAUUAAGAAGUAAACUUUAAAAUAUUGCUUCACGAAAAUCAUAUUUUGCCUGUCUGAGUCUAAUUUUGGUAUGAUUUAAUGUCAGUUGAUUGCCAAUUUGAAUUUCCCUUAUAUGUGGAAAUGAGAUUAAUGCAUUCAUUUAAUCUUUGGAAAACAUUUUUUCAUAAUUUGCUGCUCGGUAAAAAUACUGGUUAGCAGAAUGGUCUUCCGUUGCUGCUUGGUGGAAACUACCUGUGUUCAACGUAUGUACAAUUUUCAAAGUUACUGGACUAGUGACUUCCAGAGGAAUUUCCUGGCCUGAGGUGGUAGUGUAUGGGAGAGGUUCUCUUUUACACAGGUCACGUUUGUUUGGGGUAACCCUUGAAAACGAUACUUAAGAAAUUGUAAAAUGAAGCUCCCUAGCCACAGUGGAGGGCACCUGUAACAUGGAGACAUCCUCUGGCCAAGCUUGGUUUCUGUAGCAUCUGACAGCCAGUGAUAACCACUUAGAGGUAUCAUGCUGACACCAGACAACGUGAUUAGCAUCAAAUGCUAAUUUUACUAGAUGGAGUCAUUUUCUCAGUGUGAUCCAAGCUAUUUAUGAUUUUGUUUUACUGUUGUACAGUUUCUUACUUUUUAAUUAUACAUAUAAAGAUUGUAUGUAGGAAGGGUUUUUCCUUCACUACAGACCAUGUGAAAUCAUUACUGUGAAAAUAAAUCUUCUAAACAGAAUAA